GUGUGCAUGUAGUUCGCAGCUCAAGCUCCCCUUGCUUAGCCGAGGGGUUAUCUACCUAGGUACGGAAUAGGUAGUUACCAUCGCUUGGGAUUUGGCAUGUGGGAUGAAAGUAUGUAUGUAUGUACAGAAUACCUAAUGUAUGUAUGGAAAAGGAGACGAAACUUCUUCCAUGUCGCCAUUCACACGUGAACUUCCAACCGUCGAUGUCUUGCAGACGUUCGUCCCAUGCAGCUGUUGGAACCCGGCGGGGUUAAGAAAACUCCUCCUCCUCAUGCAUUGCAUAAUAGCUGUUCACGUCAAUCAAUGUCAAUGUCAAUGUCAAUGUCAAUUGACAAAUCGCUUAGCAGUUCAUCGUUUCAAGGAACGUUGUAUUUUGGAGCAGCUUUCACUUUUCGCGGUAGUUUUUAUCCUCUACCUACUUCGUAUGUAUACUACAUACUUGUUGACUCGGUCGGCGUAUUUACUACAACUGCUCUUACUUCCGUCCCGAUGCAGGGCUCUAAUCUGCCUGGUCUGUCUAGGUAUGCGACGCCUCGGUAAACGCUGUGCUCACCGUUGUUGCUGCUGCUGCGGGGUGAUUGAGAAGCGCAAGAUCAGAAACAUAACCCCCUAUACGUUGCAUCCUGUUGUGCGCGUAGAAAAUUCCAUGUAGGUAUGCGGCUAGAAGAGAUGCAAGCGAUGCAAGCCGCAUUACCAAUGUGCUGGGAAUGGUAGGUAGUAUUUCCAACGAUGAACAACACCCAUUCCGUAUUUUCGGCCGAGAUUUUUUGUCUUGUUUUUUUUUUGUCUUUUUUUUUUCUUUCUUCUGUUAU